UUCUCUCCAUAGUCUGUAGUCUGGUUACCUUUCUCGUGCUGCUGUGCAAUUGUGCCUUCCCUUUCCCUCUGGGGUCACUUCUCGAGGGUCUCGGCUCUUUCCUUCCACACUCCUGAUCCCUGAGGGACUGUCGUUCCCUCCCUCUCCUUUAUCUUCUGGUCCCGCUGGUCCCAAACUCAGAAGCGAGAACUCCCUGCCGCUCCAGCUAUCAAAUUUUUGAACUAUAACUUGUGGGCCAUAGGUCUAAGACAAUCAAAAUCAUAAAAGAAUGGACAGUGAGGUACAAAGGGAUGGAAGAAUUCUGGAUUUGAUUGAUGAUGCCUGGAGAGAAGAUAAAUUGCCAUAUGAAGAUGUUGCAAUACCACUGAAUGAGCUUCCUGAACCAGAACAAGAUAAUGGUGGCACAACGGAAUCUGUCAAAGAACAAGAGAUGAAGUGGACAGACUUAGCCUUACAGUAUCUACAUGAAAACAUUCCCCCAGCAGGAAACUAAGUUCUUAUCUUUCAUGGACAAAUUAUUCUGUGUCCAAAAUGUUUUCUUCUAGGUUCCCAAGUUGUAUCUUUAAGCUGUGAGCCACUGCUUUCAACAGUUGAUUGUCAACAAGGUAGAAUGUGAAAAUAUUUAUUCAUGAAGAGAUAACGAAUUUAAGUAACUUAAUAUUAAGAAGAUUUUUAACAAGUAUUUUAGGUUCCAUGAGCCUAACUAAAUCUCUUCAUUAAUUUGUCUUCAAAUUUAAAUAUCUACCUAUAACUUUGAUUUUGCUACUGUUAUAGGUUAGUACAAUUUAAUUUACAAUUAUAUUUUCUUCAAUAGAAAGACAAAUAGUAGGAGAAUGAUGUCAAAAUACUAUACUUUGUCUUGCUUCUCUGUUCAUUACUCAAGAGGUAAGACAAAGAAUGCAUUUGACCUUAGCUAUUAAAAGCUGAUGAGUCUGUUAUUCAAAUCUACCAGGACAGUGGGAGAAAAGCUCAAUUUUAUAAUUGUAUUUCAAGUGGAAAAUCAGCUGGGUAGGGCUCUGCCUCUAGUCAUUUAUUUUUAAGUUAAUGUAUUUACAACAUUGAUGCCAUUAAUAUGGAGAUAACUUAUUACAGAUGGUUGGAAUUAGUUUUUUUGUUUUGUUUUGUUUUCUUCCAAUAAAUUUGAUUUGUACAUAAAAUUAUUCUUUUGUAUAGUUUUCAAACAAAAGUACAUUGUGCAAUUUUACAAGCUAAAAAAUAAAGUUUAAGAAAUGCUUAGACAAA